CACGCGCCCACGCCACUGGUUCCUCUCCUCUUCCUCCGGCUCUCCGCUGCAGGCACGCCGCACGCCGCCACCGCCAGCCGUUCGCCUGUUCCAGACGCGCCGCGCGCGCGCCGCCGCCUCCUCUCGCGUGCGCGGUGCGCCGCCGCCUCCUCCUGCUGCCGUCGACGCGGGCGCGGCGCCAGCAGCCGCCGUCGCGCGGCCGGGAGCUGUCGCGGCCGCGCCGCCGGGAGCCGCCGUCGCCGGGAGGACGCCAUCCGCCGGGAGCCUCUGUCGCCGCGCCGCCGGGAGCACGCCAUCCGCCAUCGGCCGACCAUGGCUUCGGCCUCCCCCCGCGUAAGCUACGAUGCAAGCUAUGAGCCUGGACCGGCAUUUGAGGAGAACAGCGAAGAGGCUAUGCUUGAUAUAUCACAAACAGAGUCAACAGAACUUUGGCUAAUACAGUGGCCUCUAAAUCAGUUAGAUGCGUCUGAUUUUCAUGGUCAAGAGGUUACUCUUAAGUUGCACCGUGAUGGAAAAUUGAGCAGUUUGGAUAGUUCCUCAGGGAAAUCUUAUGAUCUUGUUAGCUUUGCUGCUCAGCAACCAGAUGCAACUGUUUUCCUUCCAUCCGGACCAGAAGCAAAAGCUGUUGGGAAGAUUGCACGUCGAGUUAGCUUAGUUCGUUAUCCUGACCCUGAAGAACCGGAGAAGCCAGGUUUGGGGAGUCUCACUCCUAGCAGUAAGAAGUCUGCAGGUUCUUCAAAGAAGACGAGGUCUCGGUUCUCUAGCGGGUCGAAGAACCGCAGCAGCCAAGGCUCAGCGCUAUCGCUGGGCCAACAGAGUGCCGAGCCCGCGCACAAACACAAUCAGAAGAGAAAGGAUGAGAGCAGUUUGGGGCACUCGAAUGUAUCGGGCAAGUCGGCUGAAGGAUCCCAGGUUCGUGGUGGCGACAGUGGCACGACCUUGGAGGUUCCUCAGACGCCAGGGGAGAAAUCCAAGAAGAAGAACAAGAAGGUUAGAAUCGCAGAGUAAAGCAGUAUCAUCGUAGCUCGGGGGGUCAGGAGAAGAGAGGUUAAUUUUCCCUGAACUGUCGGCACUCCCCCGGAGCUUUGCAGGAAAGGCGUCUUGAAUUUCCUGAGCAUUUAGGUUGACUCAAUUGCAUUUCUGUGAUGAGGCUCGAGGGCUGCAGCCCCAUGCAUGAUAUGCUGGAGUUAUAUCGUUAUGGUUUAUGUAUCUUGAAGAAGACAUGUUUGGUCGGGCCUGAAGCUUGGUCGACAGGGCUUUACAAAGCACCUUCUACUUGUUGCAAGCCAUGGAAUGUAACAUCUUUUGCAUGAAUCACACAAAUGAGACCUGAGCUGUUUUGCCGGUCAAGCCUUCACCUUCACUGUUCGUCGUUGCGGCGCUCGUCCAUCCAUCUGAGCGGCUUUGGUCUGAUUUGUCUUUUGCGUCGGUUUAAUUGGUUUGCUACCAAUCUUGCUCUCCAAAAGGAGCUUAUUAUCCUAUAUGUAUUUUUGAUUUGAUGCUCCUGUUUUUUCUUCUCUCUGAACUGAGCAUCCGAGUCAAAUAUAGGCAAAUUUGAUGUUCUAUGAA